AUGUCAACAGUUUCAACACUGAGCCCAUCUAAGGGUGGUAAAACUCUAGAGCUACAAUCUCUCAUAAGAGAGUUUCAAAAUAAACUUGGAAAUAAUUGGAAUAAGUAUCAUGAAUCUCUAAGUUUAUUCUUAGUGGGAAAGUUAUCUAGAAAUGAGCUAGUUGAAACAAUUUCUCCACUAUUAAAAAAUGGCCUAGUCAACUAUCAUAAUAAAUUACUCAUGAUGAAUUUAGCAAACUCAUUGAAGGAGAGCUCCAAUGAUUAUCAAAAUGAAUUUGCUUCCUUCUGGAAUAAGAGAGCUAUUAAAACGAAAAAUGUCAAAUCUAGUCAAUACGAAAAAUUUAAACAGAACAUUAUGGGCUUACCCAUAAAAGAAAGAAGAAGGAUAAAGAAUAUAACUAGAGACAGUGGCAAAAAGAAUAAGCUUUUCGCAUCCAUAACGUUGACUAGACAUGCCUUGUUACCUAAAAUCCCAAUGAUACAAGACAAAGAACAGCAACAAUUGCAAGUGAAUAAUUUGGUACAGUGGCAGCAAGAUGUCGUGAAUGGAAUUAAUACCCCAAUAGCAACUCAAAACUAUGAACUUCCUGAUUACGAUAGUCUUUCUCGAAGAAUACUUUUCUCUAUGAGAGAUAAUGGCCUCACCGGAGGUGUAAAUGCUCAAGUUCUAGAAGUAGUAUCGCUUGGCCUCGAGACUCAUCUUAACAAUGUCAUUGAGAGUGCUAUAGAUGUAGCGAGAUACAGAGAAAAGAAGUACACUAGUAAUGAUUUUAUCGCCGUACAGUCUAAUCAAGAUGGACCGAAAAAACGGCCCCUGUCGGAAGAAGAAAGACCUUCGAAAAAGCAGAAGGUUGUUUUGAAUAUAAGUGAUCUCUAUGACACAUUCGAAAUGUAUCCUCAUUUAUUAGAAUACAGUGGCCCUAAAUAUAGAUUACCAAACGUUAUGUUGCACAAUGAUGAUUGGGACCCGUCUCAACCAGACUACGAUCUCCCGCCGAAACUUGAGGUAUUAAAGGAGUCCGAGGACAAGAAGGAUACGAUUAAGAAACCAGAAGCCAAUGAAAUGAAGACGGAUGAUAUUGCCUCUGUAAAAGUUCUUGACAAUUCCCCGAAGGAAGCAAUACAAAAUCCACAAGAAAACGCUGAUAGUAAGUCCCAGCGUAAGCCAGAGAGCCAUAUUGGAACUACCAAUGAAUUAAAAUGGACUUUGCAUGACCUAAUAACUACCAUGUAA